AUGGUCAUGAACGGAGCCCCCGACUCCCAGUCUGUCAUGGCCCUCGAAUCCAGAUCACGAAGGAUUUUCUGCGAGCUUACUUCCAAACAGGUCUCCGUGGACGAUAGUAGAUUCCUAGGUCCUGGGACGGUUGCGUCCAUUCUGAGGGUUCUCUGAAAGAUUCAUCUCGACCACCAACUCCUUCGAAACAAAUUAAACGGUCGAAAUCAGUAUGUGGUAGACUAAUUCAAAUCUCAUUUAAUGCUUCCAUAUUCUUUAAUAUAAAUAUAUACAAUCACGACCCGUCAAGUUAAUUUUUAUUUAUUUAUUAAUUAA